CGCGGUCUUAUCAGCGUUAAAGUGGUCGCCCUCUCACACAUCCUUACGCAAUUGUUCUCUUGAUUCUCUUCUACUAUGAGACCUGCAUGCUUAAGCAAGCAAUAGGGCAAGUCGAGGGCAGAAGUCCGACGGAAGCGGUAUGUCUGUCGAGCGGGAAAUAUUGUUGUUCUCCCUCUACCAGGAGGGCAAGUCGAGGGCGGAACUCCGGCACAAGCGGUCUGUCUGUCGAGCGGCCAAUAUUGUUGUUCUCCCUCUACUAUGACAGCUGCUGCUUAAGCAAGCAGAAGGCGGGGAAAGAUUCAGCAGGCGGCCAGGGCGGUCGAGAUGGGUUGGACCUGCCGCUGCUCGUAGCCACUCCCUCGACUCCUUGUUUCGCCCCUCUCUACUAUGAGACCAGGCUGCCUAAGCACUGAAGCAACUUGGACACGAGUGGGGGUGGCGAGGACAAGCAACCCGGAGGACGCCCUCCCUACCAUGCACGUGCCUGGUACUUGGUAGAAGGCACUUUAGGCCGAGGAUGGGGAUCGACGAAGAGAAAAGCAGCCCUAUCGGUUACAAAGCUGGACCCAAAUCAUUCCGUGCCAAUCCUACUACGAGAGCAUCUAUCUUCCUUACAAGAGCAGCUUGCUUAUCUUAUUGUUCCAACCGUCUUCGCACUGACUUGGAUGAAUGAAGUGUGGAUGUCCCAGAUGCUUCCUGACGAGAGCUGCCUGCUUAAUGCUUAACCGUAGAAGAUUGCAUGGAGUGCGGACACUACAAUAAUAAGGACAAUAUUUUGGA